UCCAUCAUCUUUCUUCUUCUCUAAUUGCAAGCCGUUGCUCCGGUUCACCCGCCGAACCGGAGCCUCGCCUCCACCGCGCGUGAUUGGUCAGGCCCAACCGGAACACCUUCCACAGAGCAAUGCCGAAGGGGAAGACGUGCUCUUGAAACCUCAAGUUAGUCAGCUUAGGAACAGAAUUGUUUUUGGACUCGGCAUUGGAAUAACCGUAGGUGGUGUUGUUUUGGCUGGAGGGUGGGUUUUUGCAGUUGCCAUGGCUGCUGCUGUUUUUGCUGGGGCACGUGAGUAUUUUGAAUUGGUUCGGAGUCGUGGAAUUACUGAAGGAAUGACACCUCCUCCACGCUAUGUGUCACGAGUCUGCUCUGUCGCUUGUGCCUUAUUGCCCUUGUAUAUCAUGUAUCGUGGUCAUAUUGAUGUCUCUGUAACUUCUGCUGCAUUUGUUUUGGCCAUGGCAUUACUCUUACAAAGAGGAAGUCCACGCUUUGCCCAGCUAAGUAGUGCCAUAUUUGGAUUAUUUUAUUGUGGCUAUCUUCCGUGCUUUUGGGUUAAGCUUCGAUGUGGUUUAGCAGCUCCAGCCUUGAAUACGAGAAUAGGAGCAACAUGGCCUGUGCUUCUUGGUGGUCAAGCUCAUUGGACAGUUGGUCUUGUGGCAACUUUGAUUUCCAUUAGCAGCAUAAUUGCAGCUGAUACAUUCGCAUUUCUUGGUGGCAAGGUAUUUGGUAGAACACCACUUACCAAUAUAAGUCCUAAGAAGACAUGGGAGGGUACAAUAAUAGGCUUUUGUGGGUGUAUAGUUACUUCUGUUGUGCUUUCAAAAAUUUUCAGUUGGCCAAUGUCAUUACCAAGUUCAAUAGCUCUUGGUGUACUGAAUUUCUUUGGAUCUGUUUUUGGUGAUCUCACUGAAUCAAUGAUUAAACGCGAUGCGGGUGUGAAAGACUCAGGCUCCUUAAUACCUGGUCAUGGUGGAGUACUAGACAGAGUGGACAGUUAUGUGUUUACUGGUGCGCUCGCAUACUCCUUCGUCAAAACCUUUCUACCUCUAUAUGGGGUUUAACAUGAAAAAUACUGUGAAUUAAACUUGAUAUUUGUGGAAACUUGGGAUAUAUUCAUGGGAUCAGAACACAAAAAAGAAAAAGAGGACACUUGUUCUGAAUCUUAAAAUGAGGUCACUGAUAUUAGGACUAAUCAAAGUGGUAGCAUUCAUUGGUUGUACUGUGACCUGUAAAAAAUUAAUCACAAUUCAUUUUGCAAAGAAAAAAAAAAGAUCGCUUGUGGUUGCCCCAGCUAUUUGUUCUAGCUAGCCAUAGAAGGAAUCAUUUGUGGUAGUAAUUUUUCACAUUUAGUUAUUGUUUCCGCAUUUAUUUACUAGUCUCAAUUGUAUUUUAGCAAGACUGAAAUAUAUUUUUCUGUAUUAAUAAAGGACCUGUGAGUAUACAUUAAAAUUCAGAAUUCA